AAGCGCCGUCGUCCUGGAUGCUCCCCAUUCUAAUGGUUAGACUGUUCCUUCUCCUUUUCCUGGUUAUCUAUUAUGUUUGGCACUGUCCACUCGCCAUACCGAUCGGAUCGUCGUUCUCCGUCCUGGUUCCUGCCCGCUUUCGCCGCGGGGUCGAUGUCCGGCGCGUUCAGCAGAACCCACGGAGCAUGCGCAGUACGCAUACAAGAGCGCACCAGUUAAUUUACUCUUCCGCGCACACUGAGAGGACACACUGGGCUGCUGUACAGGUCUGAGAGGACCCAGUGGGCUGCUGUACAGCUUCUGAAGAUGAAUGUUUCCCAUAAAGAGGACGAUGAAGCGGUCUACUUCCUGUCCUGAUGGCGUUCCUCACAGCGAACCUCCUGAAGCGCCCAAUGACUCGGAGGAGGUCCAGCUCCACCCCCCCCCUGUUCCCCCCCGAGCUCCCGACGCGAGCCUCUCCACGCACGGCAUGACCCUGAGACGGCCCCUGCGCUGUGGCCUGCGCUCGGCCACCCAGGGGGCCGCCUCCCUGAAGCCCGGAGAGGGGAACGACCGGCCGCCGCCAUCCCGGAGCGCCGGGAGAGGGGCCGCGAGCGGGCAGCCUCCUCGCCCCCGACCGGGCGCCAAGAGGAGGAAACCGUACGCCCGGAAGCUAAAGAGCCUGGACUCUGGCCCCGGGCCCCCGGCGGCCCCCGAGGGGGACCCUCCUUACGCCUCCCGACCGGUCCCUGAGGGUCUUUUAGACAGCCCCCUGAAAACGAGACUGGCCGAGGGGUCGCAGAGACACGGCAGCCCCGACUCCUCGCUGGACCCCUCCGUGGUGUCGCCACUCCGCCGCCUCAGACCGAAGGCCCCCCAGGCCAGCUCCUCCUUCACCCCCCCAGCCAAGGUGAUCUCCAAGCGCUGUGCGUCCCAAACGACGUCCACGCCCAGAAAGGGCAGCUGCGGGACUCAACCCGGAAACUCUCCGCCCUCCAGCAGACCCAGUUCCCCGCUAGACCAGCUGAGCCAAAAUGAGUCCCAGCUCUCCUCAGACCUCUCCAUAGAGUUCAGUUUACCCGAGGAGGAGCUGAUCCUCCCCUUUGAUGAGGAGGAAGAGGAGGAGGAAGAGCUGCCAUGCUUCCCGAUGCACUUUUCCAAACAGCCUGAGAGCAUCAAGGAGGGCGCCUUCGUCUGGUGCAAGUUCAGAUUGUUUCCCUUCUGGCCGGCCGUGGUGAAGAGUGUCAGACCUAAAUUGAAAAAGGCCAGCAUCCUUUGGAUCGAUCAGCCGACCAUUGACACGAAGAGGAAGGGGUUCUCUGUGUCUUUGAGGAACCUCAAACCCUUAGACUGCGAGGACGCCAAUCAGCUGGUGAGCGCAGCCAAGGCCAACUACGCUGCCAUCAUCGACUGGGCCUUUGAGAUGAUCAAUGACUACGUGCUCCGUAUUGCCUGCUGCUCCUUCACCGGCUCCUUCAUCCAAUACUCGUCACAUUGUAUGAGUUACCCGGUGAGGAGGAAGUACCCCAAGGACCACGUGGAGAGGCUGGAUCUGCCCAGCCAGCCAGAGCUGGAGGAGGGGGAGCCCCACAGCGGGGGGGAGGAGAGCGUCUCGGAGGCCCCGGAGGAGGAGGGGCCGGGCGCCAAGAGGCUCCUCCCCGACCGCACCGUCGCCGCCCACAACCGCGCCAACGAGAAGCUGGUGGCCUUCAUCGUGUCCCAGAGGCUCGCCGACAGGCACCUGCUGGCGGUGGUCCGCGGGCAGCAGGCCUCCCGCUGGCUCUGCUCGUUCCUGGAGGUGCGGCGGCGGCUGCAGGUGAAGCCCUACCUGGAGGACGACCGGCAGCUGGACCAGGUGUACCUGUACCUGAAGGAGCUGUUCCACCGCGUCACUGACCAAGCCCCCUGCCUGGCCAACGUCAAGUUCAUGGACGACGUGCGCUUCGUGCUGGACGUGUUGCUGCCUGAGGCCAUCAUCUCGGCCAUCGCUGGCGUCGAUAACAUUUCACUGACUAAGGCUGAGGAGAAGUAUCUAAACGGAAGAUGUAUUAGUGAGAGAGAGAGAGAAGAGUUUGAGUUGACGAUUGGCCGGAUGAGAUGAGCUCUGCGUCCUACUCUUUAGUUUUGGUCGUCCAACGUUUGACAGUCCGGCUCUUUUUUUUUUAACGGCCAAUUUUUUCAUUUCAUCAAAACGAUCAAAUUGAAACUAAUUGUGUGUUUGUGUGUGUGUCUGUGCAUGCAUACAUGUUAAAGUAACUCAUGGCCUAUGGAUGUUCUAUGAGAGUGCCUGGUUAUUUAUGGUCAUCAUAGAAUAAACAAAUUUAUUCUAAACAUU